ACAACUUCUGCCGAAUGCCAUCGAGCAGGAAGCACAAGGGACGCUCGCUCAAUCCACUCUAGCCUUCAUUGCGACGAGCUUCAAACAUGUCAACCAUCCCGGCCUCGGCCCUCCAAUCGGGGUCUCCGCCCACGAUCCCAUUGUCGUUCAAUGCCAACCAGCCUGAGAAGGUUACGCUUUAUCCGCUAUCCAACUACACGUUCGGCGUGAAAGAGACACAGCCAGAAGAAGAUCCGUCUGUAAUUGCCCGUCUGAAGCGUCUAGAAGAACAUUUCAGCGAGCAUGGCAUGCGCCGAACAUGCGAAGGCAUCCUGGUAUGCCACGAGCACAACCACCCGCACAUCCUCAUGCUGCAGAUCGCAAACGCGUUCUUCAAGCUCCCUGGAGACUACCUGAAGCCAGAAGACGACGAGGUAGAGGGGUUCAAAGCUCGAUUAGACGAGAGACUUGCGCCAGUUGGCCGACUGGGCGAGGGAGAAGAGGCUGGAGACUGGGAGGUUGGCGAGUGCCUGGCGCAGUGGUGGAGGCCAAACUUCGAGACCUUCAUGUAUCCAUUUGUCCCUGCGCACGUCACACGGCCCAAGGAGUGCAAAAAAUUCUAUUUCAUUCAGCUACCGAAGAGCAAGGUUCUAAGCGUGCCAAAGAAUAUGAAGCUUUUAGCCGUCCCUUUAUUCGAGCUUUACGACAACACCGCCAGAUAUGGACCGCAGCUGUCCGCCAUUCCUCAUAUCCUCAGUCGCUACAACUUUGAGUUUGUUGACGAGAAUGGCGAAGUUGUCGCUGCAACCCCUGGUUCAGGUGCUCCCGAUGGAUAUGUGCCCAAGACCAAGGUUCUGGCCGGAGACGAUACGGAUAUGGUUGAGGAAAAUGGGACACAUUGAUUGAAAUGAACAGCAUAUUGGAAAAAGGAGACAUGGCGAUGGUGUUUGGCGUAUAGGUAAAACAAUUCAAUGUAUGCAUGUUUGAAGCUACAGGUUGUCUAAUACAUAUAAGGAUUUCCAAUUCAAUGUUACAAUAGACUCU